UCCAAAAUGACGGGAAAAAGAUGUGGAAGAAGAAAUCUCAGAUAACUGGAGACGACGAAACCACCACUUACUGUCUCAGAUACCUCAAGAACAAACUGCCAAUUUAGUUUCCAUAUCUCUCUCUCUCUCUCUCUCUCUCUCGACUUCCAAAGUUGCAGAAGUGAAAACAUGUCUGCAAGUGUAAAGGGAGUGCUGGUAAAGUCUACCGAUGACAUAUAUGUUAAACGGCUCUUGAAGAAUAAUGUGGAUCACAAUCAGAUUGAAUACUCUAGGUUGAGUCAUCAUCAUCAUCAUCGUUCACUCUCUGUCAGCCGGUGGUCUGGUCAUGUCAGGCUUGCUCGAUGCCACGACUUACAGAGCAGUGCAAAUGGGGUUCUAAACCUGAAGCCUAAGAAAAACUUACCACGCCCUGAUCUGAUUCGAUCCAAAGCUAUUCUCACUCCAGUAUCAGAUACCCCACCUGCUACAAAGAAGCGAGUUUUUACAUUUGGGAAAGGAAUGAGCGAGGGCAACAAAGGCAUGAAGUCCCUGUUGGGAGGGAAAGGAGCAAACUUGGCAGAGAUGGCUAGCAUUGGUUUAUCUGUUCCACCUGGGCUCACCAUAUCGACAGAAGCAUGUCAAGAGUAUCAGCAGAUUGGGAAAAAAGUACCAAAAGAAUUAUGGCAGGAAGUGAUAGAGGGUUUGGAGAAUGUUGAAAAAGACAUGGGAGCCUACCUUGGUGAUCCUUCAAGACCACUUCUCCUUUCUGUUCGUUCAGGAGCCGCUAUAUCUAUGCCGGGAAUGAUGGACACUGUUCUCAAUCUUGGGAUGAAUGAUGAUGUGGUUGCUAGUUUGGCAGCAAAAGGUGGAGAGCGGUUCGCUUAUGAUUCAUAUAGACGCUUUCUUGACAUGUUUGGAGGCGUAGUAAUGGGAAUUCCACACUCAUCCUUUGAGGAGAAGUUAGAGCAAUUAAAGCAUGCAAAAAGUGUUUUGCUUGACACAGAGCUCACAGCUUCUGAUCUUAAGGAGCUGGUGGAACAAUACAAGAAUGUCUAUACUGAAGCAAAUGAGAAAUUUCCUUCAGAUCCAAAAGAUCAAUUACAGCUUGCGGUUAAAGCUGUCUUUGAUUCAUGGGACAGCCCACGAGCAAAUAAAUACAGGAGUAUAAACCAGAUAACUGGUUUAAAAGGCACAGCAGUCAACAUUCAAUGCAUGGUAUUUGGAAACAUGGGUAACACUUCAGGAACUGGGGUCCUUUUCACCAGAAACCCAAGCACUGGUGAGAAGAAGCUCUAUGGAGAGUUUCUCCUCAAUGCUCAGGGAGAAGAUGUCGUUGCAGGGAUCAGAACACCAGAAGACUUGGACACCAUGAAAUGUUGCAUGCCUGAAGCAUACAAAGAACUUGUGGAGAACUGUGAAAUUUUAGAGAGACAUUACAAGGACAUGAUGGAUAUUGAAUUCACAGUUCAAGAAAAUAGGCUGUGGAUGUUGCAAUGUCGAUCAGGCAAGCGAACAGGUAAAGGUGCUGUAAAGAUUGCAGUAGACAUGGUUUCUGAAGGCCUUGUUGACAAGAGGACAGCCAUUAAGAUGGUGGAGCCACAGCACCUCGAUCAACUCCUCCAUCCACAGUUUCAAGAUGAAUCUGCUUACAAAGACAAGGUGGUUGCAACGGGUUUGCCUGCUUCUCCUGGAGCAGCUGUAGGCCAAGUUGUUUUCUGUGCUGAUGCUGCUGAAGAAUGGCAUGCACAAGGAAAAAGUGUCAUCUUGGUGAGGACAGAAACUAGUCCAGAGGAUGUUGGGGGAAUGCAUGCUGCAACAGGAAUCUUGACAGCUAGAGGUGGCAUGACAUCACACGCGGCUGUUGUAGCCCGUGGGUGGGGAAAGUGUUGUGUUUCUGGGUGUGGAGAUAUCCGUGUGAAUGAUUUAGAGAAGGUGGUGGUGAUUGGAGACAAGGUAAUUGAGGAGGGCGGGUGGAUUUCACUUAACGGGUCAACUGGUGAAGUCAUCUUGGGUAAACAACCACUAUCUCCUCCAGCUUUAAGUGGUGAUUUAGAGGCCUUCAUGUCUUGGGCAGAUGAAUUCAGGAAAAUCAAGGUUAUGGCCAAUGCUGACACACCUGAUGAUGCUCUAACUGCAAGGAAAAAUGGUGCUGAAGGAAUUGGAUUAUGCAGGACAGAGCAUAUGUUCUUUGCUUCUGACAAGAGGAUAAAGGCAGUUAGAAGAAUGAUAAUGGCAGUCAGUCUUGAGCAGAGGAAGGAAGCACUUGACCAAUUGCUACCUUAUCAGAGAUCAGACUUUGAGGGCAUUUUUCGUGCAAUGGAUGGUCUCCCUGUGACUAUUCGACUGCUGGAUCCUCCACUUCAUGAAUUUCUACCAGAAGGCGAUCUAGAACAGAUUGUUGGGGAAUUAACCACAGAAACUGGCAUGACAGAAGAUGAAGUAUAUUCAAGGAUUGAAAAUUUAUCAGAAGUAAAUCCCAUGCUUGGUUUCCGUGGUUGCAGGCUAGGAAUAUCGUACCCAGAGUUGACUGAGAUGCAGGUGCGGGCAAUCUUUCAAGCUGCCAUUUCCAUGAGCAAUAGUGGAAUUAAAGUCCUUCCAGAGAUAAUGGUUCCCCUUGUUGGCACCCCUCAGGAACUUCGGCAUCAAGUGAAUUCCAUUCACAGCAUUGCUAAGAAGGUAUUCUCGGAGGCUGGUGUCUCUCUGAUAUAUAAAGUAGGGACCAUGAUUGAGAUCCCCCGAGCUGCUUUAGUUGCAGAUGAGAUAGCAAUGGAAGCAGAAUUCUUCUCCUUUGGCACAAAUGAUCUGACACAGAUGACCUUCGGGUACAGUAGAGACGAUGUAGGGAAGUUUCUCCCAAUAUAUCUCUCCAAAGGCAUUCUCCAGAAUGAUCCAUUUGAGGUUCUUGACCAGAAAGGUGUGGGUCAGCUCAUCAAGAUGGCAACAGAAAAGGGUCGUGCUGCCAGGCCAAGCUUGAAGGUGGGUAUAUGCGGGGAGCACGGUGGAGAACCUUCAUCUGUUGCGUUUUUUGCACAAAUUGGACUGGAUUAUGUUUCAUGUUCUCCAUUCAGAGUUCCAAUUGCUAGGCUAGCCGCUGCUCAAGUUGCUGCAUCAUGAGCACGACACGACAAAUACAAAAGAAAAAUAAUAUAAAAAAUGAAUACUCAAACUGUGCAGUUGUACAUUAUUACUAUAUGAAACUACUAAGUACUACUCCAGUUGAAGAAGCAGGGAAAAUAUAACAGUUUUUCCCUUAACUGGAAGUAUAAAAUAUAUUAUAUAUAUGUAUAUUCAGAUACUUAGUUCUUACAUCGAUCUUUCAAUCGGACCUAAAUUUCUGUUCUUGUAAUAAGAAAUGUAUGCAUGCAUACAUUCAAUAAUUCAGAUUGCUGGAUAUUUCAUUU